AGUAGAGGCCCUCUCUCUCCCUCUCCCCACUAUUCUCUCAUCCGCCACCGAAAGUAGAGUGAAUCUCACCACUUGGGCAUUCUACUUUCUCAAUCCCAAUCCUGCAUCUAUGGAUCGAAUCCUGAUGAUUAUGAUCUUGGGGUUUUUCUUAUCUCUUCAAGGAGUCGAGCUGAUUUCAUUCAAGAUCACCAAUCGUUGCCGGAACACGAUAUGGCCCGGUUUUCUCUCCGGCGCCACCUCACCGCCACUCCCCACAACUGGAUUUCGCUUAGCUAGAGGAAAAUCCAAGACCGUCAGAAUACCGGCGUCGUGGUCCGGUCGUCUCUGGGCAAGAACCUUGUGCUCGCAAGAUCCGUCCUCCGGUUCUUUCGCCUGCUUGACCGCAGACUGCGGCUCCGGUAAGGUCGAGUGUUCCGGCUCCGGAGCCAAACCUCCCGCAACGCUCGCCGAGUUUACCCUCAACGGCACCGGAGGACUAGACUUCUACGACGUCAGCCUUGUCGACGGCUACAACCUCCCGAUGCUUAUUCUGCCCAAGAAAAUUGUCGUCGGAGGAUGCGGGGCCACGGGGUGUCUCGUGGACCUCAACGGCGCGUGUCCGAGAGACCUGAAGCUCAUGGCUCGAGGGAAUAGGAACGGCGUCGCUUGCCGCAGCGCGUGCGAGGCGUUCGGAGACCCGCGCUUUUGCUGCAGCGGUGCGUACGCGACGCCGGACACGUGUCAGCCGUCGGUUUACUCGCUCUUCUUUAAGCACGCGUGCCCUCGCGCCUACAGCUACGCCUAUGACGAUAAGACGAGCACCUACACUUGCUCCACCGGGGCCGACUACGUCAUCAUCUUCUGUCCGCCGCCGUAUACAAGCGAGAAGCUAUUAGGAUCGAGGAAAGACGGGGCGACUCUACCGCUAGUAAACAAGAGCAUGAUACAUUUGCCGCAUCCGCGCAGCAGCUGAGCCGCCGCCUUCUAUUAGUCUUAGGCAGAUAGCAAAAUUCAUGUAAAGUUGGUGAUACUAAGGGUGGGAAAUUGUGUAAAUAUAUAUCCUCUUCUUUUGCAUCCCCUUUCUUGUUUCAAAAUUUCCACCCAAGAAUUGCUGUUUUUGUCCUCUGCUUCUUCUUUGUCCAUCUUAAGAUAAAAAUGCCAUCUUGCGUGGUUUUUACUGCACAUUGUAAAACUAAAAAUACUGUUCAAGGGAUCGAUAUAAUAGGCACAGCCCAUUUAGCACGCUCGUCGGCAAAAACCAAGCCUUUGCCCUCUGUCCUUCACUUUCUCUCUUCUUUUUCCUUUUUUUCUCUUUUUUUUUUCUUCUUGGAUUAACUCAUUUUUGAGUGGAGUGUGGCAGUCA